AUGAGAAAGCAUUCCCAGGACCUGGAAGACCUAAAUAGACCUACUCCUAGUCUACCAUCAAGCACAGCUUAGGUGUCCUCAUUAGUGGGGUGCCCCUUGAACAAGAGGCUCUUGUUCUUGGGCUGGGAUGUAUCUGCGUUGGUGGAGUGUCUCCCUAGCAUGCACAAGGCCCUCGACUUGACCCCAAAAGAGCAGAAACUGGAUAUGGUGGCUCUUGCCUGUGAUUUUAGAACUUGGGAGGUAGAAGCAGGAGGAUCAGAAGUUCAAGGUUGCCUCUAGGAUGCAUGAGAUCAUCUUUUAAGAGAAAAGUCAUUUUUCAAUCCCAUUCCUUUGCAAUUACUAAAAGGCAGAUAAGCAACAGCAGCAAGGGCAGUAGUUUUUAGACAGAGUGGCUGAUCAGGGAAGCUCACAGAGUGUGAAAAGAACCCGGCUGUACAUGUGUCACACAGGAGCACUCUGGGGCUUGCCUCACUCCCUUCCAGUAUUCUCUGCUAGACAGCCUUCAAGAAAUCUCAGAUCUGCUCUCCAGGUGGGACUAUGCGGCAGGCUUCAGGCUAGGAGGGGCCUGAAAACUGAUAUCUAGGAAGGCGUGGCUCUGAACCACCACACUUAAAAGCCUUGAGAGCCAGCACCAGUUUGGAAACCAGCAGGAGGCACUAGGAGUCUACAGCCCUCUGUUCCUGCAGACUGAUGCCCAUGGCACCACGAGUCCUGUUCCUCUGCCUGCUGGGCCUGGCCGUCACUGAAGGCCAGGAUCAGGAGCCAGCCAUCCCAGGCUGUCACUUGCACCCCUUCAACGUGACAGUGCGAAGUGACCGCCAUGGCACCUGCCAGGGCUCCCAUGUGGCACAGGCGUGUGUAGGACACUGUGAGUCUAGUGCCUUCCCUUCUCGGUACUCUGUGCUGGUGGCUAGUGGCUAUCGGCACAACAUCACCUCUGUCUCUCAGUGCUGCACCAUCAGCAGUCUGAAAAAGGUGAGGGUGUGGCUGCACUGCGUGGGGGACCAGCGUGGGGAGCUUGAGAUCUUCACUGCCAGGGCCUGCCAGUGUGAUAUGUGCCGUCUCUCCCGCUACUAGUCCUUGAAGGGCUCAGGCUCCAGUGCUGCCACUGAUAAGAUAUGGGAGCUCUCAAAUGAGGAUUCUACUUCAGCUCUGACCCUCUCUGGAGUCUGUGAAGAAGGGGCUCCACCUCCUUCUACCUGGCCUUCUGAGCAGUCUCAUUGCCAUGCUU